AUGCGGAACAAGUUUCUUGCAGUAUUUGAACGUAUCCGCGAAGAACUGGUUGUACAUAUGAAGUCCGAGAAGAUGCCUGAGGACGCCAUAGCGUGGUUCAACGAGAACCUCAUCUACAAUGUCCCUGGAGGUAAACUUAAUCGCGGCAUAUCCGUCGUCGACACCGUCGCAAUCCUUCUAAACCGCCCUCCAACUGAAGACGAAUACUUCAAAGCUGCCCUCCUCGGAUGGUGUAUCGAGCUUCUUCAAGCGUUCUUCCUCGUUUCCGAUGACAUGAUGGAUGGCUCCAUCUCGCGCCGCGGCCAGCCCUGCUGGUACCGUGUCUCUGAUGUCAAGGGUCUCGGAAAGGUACAUAACGUCGCCGUCAACGACUCAUGCAUGCUUGAGGGCGCCAUCUACCACAUCCUCAAGAACCACUUCAGGUGUGAGAGCUAUUAUGUUGAUUUGUUGGAAUUGUUCCAGGAGGUAACAUACAAGACCGAAAUGGGUCAGCUCGUCGACCAGAUCACUGCCCCCGAAAGCAACGUCGACAUACGCAAAUACACCCUCCCCAAACAUACUUUCAUUGUACGGUACAAAACAGCCUACUACUCCUUCUAUCUCAGUGUUGCGCUCGCCAUGCGCAUGUGCGGCGUCCCGGACGUAUACGAGCUCGAUGGAAAGACUGUCGAGCCGUACAAAGAAGCCGACCGCAUCCUCAUUCCCAUGGGCGAGUUCUUCCAGGUGCAAGACGACUACCUCGACUAUCACGGCACAGAGGCACAGAUCGGGAAGAUCGGCACGGACAUCGUCGAUGGUAAAUGCUCCUGGUGCGUGUGCACUGCACUCACGUCUGGCACCGAAGUGCAGAAACAGCUCCUGUAUGAGAACUACGGGAAGAGGGGUGCGAACCAGGCUGUGAAGGAGCAAGCUGUGAAGGACAUGUACAACGACGAGCAAGGGCUGAACGUUCCCAAGCGCUACGAUGAGUAUUCGAAGAACACUGUGGCAGAGAUUAAUGCGAUGAUCGAGCUGGUACCGGAGCCUGGUGCUCAGGACGAGUUGAGGGGUGAUAGGCUGAGGCGAGAUGUGUUCCGGGCCUUCUUGAGUAAGAUCAUUGAUCGUACGGCGUAG